AAGAAGAAACUUACAUCGAUCAUGGGAAUCGCCGAAGAAGCUCACAACGUUCGGGUCGUCGGGUCGGGCCAACUGACCAUAGUCCUGGCCCACGGGUUUGGUACGGACCAAUCCGUGUGGAAACACCUCGUGCCGCACCUCGUAGAAGAGUACCGGGUCGUGUUGUAUGACAAUAUGGGCGCGGGCACAACCAACCCGGAUUACUUUGACUUUGAUAGAUAUUCAACCCUAGAAGGCUACGCCUAUGACGUCAUCGCCAUCUUGGAGGAGCUUCGAAUCCAGUCGUGCGUGUACGUCGGCCACUCCGUCUCCGCCAUGAUCGGCGUUAUUGCCUCCGUCACUCGUCCCGAGCUUUUCUCCAAAAUCAUCACCGUUUCUGCUUCUCCAAGGUAUUUGAACGAUCCGGAUUACUACGGAGGAUUCGAAGAAGAGGACAUUGUGCAACUAUUCGACGCAAUGGGAUCGAACUACAAGUCCUGGUGUGCCGGGUGGGCCCCACUAGCGGUCGGGGGCGACAUGGAGUCGUUGGCGGUGCAAGAGUUCAGCCGGACGCUGUUCAACAUGAGACCGGACAUAGCGCUGAGCGUGGCCCAAACCAUAUUCUACAGUGACGUUAGACCUCUCUUGGGCCACGUCACUGUGCCAUGCCACGUCAUCCAGAGCGUGAAGGACCUGGCGGUGCCGGUGGUGGUUUCCGAGUAUCUCCACCAGAACCUUGGCGGGGAUUCCAUCGUUGAGGUCAUGUCGACCGACGGUCAUCUGCCGCAGCUGAGCUCGCCCGAUGUGGUGGUCCCCGUGCUUCUUAGGCAUAUUCGAUUUAAUAUUGCUGCUUGAUCGAUGAUCACAAACUUUGGGGUUUAUUUUAUUCAAGUGUCUAAUUUGGAUGGUUUUAUGAAUGAUAUGUUGUUAUUGUUAUUGUU